CGGGCCCUGAGGGCCGGCGGCGGGCGCGCACCAUGAACUCGUGGGACGCGGGCCUGGCGGGUCUGCUGGUGGGCACGAUGGGCGUCUCGCUGCUGUCCAACGCGCUGGUACUGCUCUGCCUCCUGCACAGCGCCGACAUCCGCCGCCAGGCGCCGGCGCUCUUCACCCUGAACCUCACGUGCGGCAACCUGCUGUGCACCGUGGUCAACAUGCCGCUCACGCUGGCCGGCGUCGUGGCGCAGCGGCAGCCGGCCGGUGACCGCCUGUGCCGCCUGGCCGCCUUCCUCGACACCUUCCUGGCUGCCAACUCUAUGCUCAGCAUGGCCGCGCUCAGCAUCGACCGCUGGGUGGCCGUGGUCUUCCCGCUGAGCUACCGCGCCAAGAUGCGCCUCCGCGACGCCGCGCUCAUGGUGGCCUACACGUGGCUGCACGCGCUCGCCUUCCCCGCCGCCGCGGUCGUCCUGUCCUGGCUCGGCUUCCACCAGCUGUACGCGUCCUGCACGCUGUGCAGCCGGAGGCCGGACGAGCGGCUGCGCUUCGCCGUGUUCACGGGUGCCUUCCACGCGCUCAGCUUCCUGCUCUCCUUCGUUGUGCUCUGCUGCACGUACCUCAAGGUGCUCAGGGUGGCCCGCUUCCACUGCAGACGCAUCGACGUGAUCACCAUGCAGACGCUUGUGCUGCUCGUGGACAUCCACCCCAGUGUGCGGGAACGCUGUCUAGAGGAGCAGAAGAGGCGGCGGCAACGCGCCACCAAGAAGAUCAGCAGCUUCAUAGGCACCUUCCUCGUGUGCUUCGCACCCUACGUGAUCACCAGGCUGGUGGAGCUGUCCUCCGCGGUGCCCAUCAGCUCCCACUGGGGGGUGCUGUCCAAGUGCUUGGCCUACAGCAAGGCCGCAUCUGACCCGUUCGUGUACUCCUUGCUGCGACACCAGUACCGCAAGAGCUGCAAGGAGAUUCUGAACAGGGUCCUCCACAGGCGUUCCCUCCGCUCCUCCGGCCUCACCGGGGACUCCCACAGCCAGAACAUUCUGCCGGUCUCUGAGUGAAGGACGCCGCUCCUGCUGGAGAGCUUGGAAUGAGACGGCUGGUGAGAAGAGGGGGUGGGAGGGCUUGGGGCGCCUGGGCGGACUCCACCGGCCGCCACCAUCUGGCGAGCCCAGGGAUUCCGGUUCCCUGGCUUCGGGGGGGAUCUGAAGCCUGCUUCCUGGUUCCUCGAGGGCAGAUGUUGAACUGUCCCUGUUUAUCACCAAAGGAUGACCGAGGGACAUGCUGUGCUCUGGCUUUUCUUUUGGAGAAGCUCCUUUGAGCUCCUAGACUCACCAGAGACUCCCCAGGAGUCACACCCCGUCCGGUCAUGAUCAAGGACACACAGUGCUGGUGGCAGGUGGGGAAGCAUGGCGUCCACCUGCUCACUAAGCCCUGGACGCUGGGCUCCAUGCUGAAGAAAAGCGGUGACCCCCAUGGGGCAUCAGUCACGCUGAGAGUGAGGCUGGCAGUGGCCAUUUAGCCCCACAUCUGGCAUGGCCACCCUUCUCCACAUGUAGUGGUGGCUGCUUUAACCCAAAUAUCAUUCAGCUGGAACUAACUGACUUGUUCUCGGCUGGGACCCUUGGGCCCCCAUGUCCAAGGAGAAAAUGUUUGCCGACUAGUGUUACCCAACUGUUGCGGACAAGUUGUCUUAGAAAUGGCUAUAUUGGAUUCAACUUUUAUCCCUCUCUUGCCUCCCCCUCCGCCCCAAAGCUAACAUUUGUGUGUGUAGACAAUCUUAGCAUGAAACUGGUUUAAAUAAGCAGUUAUUACUACAUGUAAUAACGUUCUUUGAAGUCUGACCCGAAGUCACCUUCUUCUGGUUCACAUGUCAUAACUGUUGGAGCAAAGGAGAGGCAGGAGGACAGUGUCUGGCAGGUCCCCC